CGGAAAUUGUUUAUGUCGGUAGCGGUUGAACGUGGGUUUUAGCGGCGAUUCGAGCAACAUUUCUACCGAUUUACUUUGAAUUUUAACGUUAUAUCGAGUGUUUUACGUUUGUCGUAGCUGGUCGCGAUGGGGAAAGCAGAUUUUCUCUCUCCCAAGGCGAUAAGCAACCGGAUAAAAUCCAAGGGUCUCCAGAAGUUGCGGUGGUAUUGUCAGAUGUGUCAGAAACAAUGUCGAGAUGAGAAUGGCUUCAAAUGCCACUGCAUGUCUGAGUCCCACCAGAGGCAGCUGCUGCUGGCCUCAGAGGACCCCACAAAGUUCAUGGACUACUUCUCAGAUGAGUUCAAGAGCGACUUCGUGGAGCUGCUCAGAAGACGCUUUGGGACCAAGAGAGUGCAUAACAACAUUGUCUACAACGAGUACAUCAGUGACCGGGAGCACGUACACAUGAACUCCACACAGUGGGAGACUCUCACUGACUUCACCAAGUGGCUGGGCAGAGAAGGCCUGUGUAAAGUUGACGAGACCCCUAAAGGCUGGUACGUCCAGUACAUUGAUCGCGACCCGGAGACCAUCCGCCGCCAAGAGGAGCAGGCGAGGAAGAAGAAGCAGGAGCUGGACGAUGAAGAGAGGAGCGCCAGGUUCAUCGAGGAGCAGGUCCGCAGAGGCCGGGACAGCAAGGAGACAGACGAAACUCCAGUUUAUACAGAGCUGAAACGUGAGAAUGAAGAAGAGAAAGUUGCUUUCAACAUGGGCGCCUCUUCAUCUGUAGCCGGUCCUUCCAAAUCAAGCUCUGUCCUUGGUGCCAGUGCUCUCAAAACAGCAGCAGCAUCCUCGACCAAGAGGAAAGACACGUCCUCCGGUUCAGACUCCAGAGCGGAGAAGAAGAAGAAAUCUGCUCUGGAGGAGAUCAUAGAGAUGGAGGAGAAGAAGAAGAAGAAGCAGCAGUCGGUCAGGACGGAUUACUGGCUGCAGCCCAACAUCGUGGUCAAAGUCGUCACCAAGAGACUGGGAGAGAAGUACCACAAGAAGAAGGCUGUCGUCACGGAGGUGCGAGAAAAUUACACAGCGGUGGUGAGGAUGAUCGACUCCGGAGACAAACUGAAGCUGGACCAGAACCACGUGGAGACCGUCAUACCUGCACCAGGUAAAAAGGUUUUGAUCGUGAACGGUCCGUACAGAGACACCGAGGCUCUGCUGGAGGGGAUCGAUGAAAAACAUUUCUGCGCCACACUCACCCUCGACUCCGGUCAACACAAAGGAAAGAGGGUGGACGUCGCCUACGAGGAUUUCUCUAAACUGGCCUGAACCAGCAGCCCCUCCAGCUCUAACCUCAGGCAGCCGUUUUUGGCUGAGGGACUCUACUGUGUCAGAGUUACUUUCCCCAUGAUUCACAUGUACAUAUACAUAUCCCACAAUGCAUUUCCAGUGAAGCGUUACAGAAAAAACAUAGAGCAAUAUGUUCAAUUUGUUUUUUUUUUAAAUUUUGUAUUAAUAAUCAAGUUGAUCUUAACAUUGCAGAUGUAAAUUUUGUCCAAAUAAACAAAAGUGACUUCA